AUGCAGGACUCGGUGGGCCUGAUCCGGCAGGGCUGUUCUUAUGACAUACGAUAUAUCCUACUCUAGGUCAACAGACUGUCUCUGUCCUCACACAGACGAUACCAGCAGCAUUCUUUCUGCCUCCCGAGAGCUCCGAGCCUCCGCUUCUUCCCGCCCCUCACCCGUUUUUGUCUCUCUCCCCCCGCCUCUGGGGCCCUCCUCUUCCUCCCCCGCGCCGCAUCCAUUCCUGCCACAUCCUCCGGCGCUGCUGGCGUCAGCCGAGCGAGUCUUGGCCGCCAUCUUGGAGGCGAAGUUGCCGCCGCCGCCGCCACCGCGGGAGCGCAGAGGGAGCCGGGACGGCCCAUCUCCUCCUUCCCCCUUUCCCUUCCCUUCCCCUCCCUGAGUGGCGCCGGCCGGCCUCAGCCGAGGCGCGGAGGGCGGCGGUGGUGGUGCCGCCGCCUCCUCUCUCCCAGCUGGGCCCGACGUCCGAGGAGGGGGCUCUCUCGCCUGCCGCCGCCGCCGCCGCCGCCACCAUGACUUCCCUCACCCAGAGAAGCUCGGGCCUGGUGCAGCGCCGCACCGAGGCCUCUCGCAGCGCCGCCGCGGCCGACAAAGAGCGGGUGGCUGGUGGCGGCGGCCCCGGCGGCGGCCCGGAGGAGGAGGGUCGGCGCGACGAGCAGGGCGACGAUGAGAAGGGGGACUCCAAGGAGACGCGCCUCACGCUCAUGGAAGAAGUGCUGCUGCUGGGCCUCAAGGACCGAGAGGGUUACACAUCAUUUUGGAAUGAUUGCAUUUCCUCUGGGCUGCGUGGCUGCAUGUUAAUUGAAUUGGCACUGAGAGGGCGUCUUCAGCUGGAGGCAUUUGGAAUGAGACGCAAAAGUCUGUUAACUAGAAAGGUGAUCUGCAAAUCAGAUGCUCCUACGGGGGAUGUUCUACUUGACGAAGCUCUGAAGCACAUUAAGGAGACGCAGCCUCCUGAAACAGUGCAGAACUGGAUAGAGCUGCUUAGUGGUGAGACGUGGAAUCCGUUAAAAUUGCACUACCAGUUACGAAAUGUACGUGAACGAUUAGCCAAAAACCUAGUGGAAAAGGGGGUUUUGACUACGGAGAAACAGAACUUUCUCCUCUUUGACAUGACUACACACCCUCUCACCAACAACAACAUUAAGCAGCGCCUCAUCAAGAAAGUUCAAGAAGCUGUUCUUGACAGAUGGGUGAAUGACCCCCACCGUAUGGACAAGCGCUUACUGGCCCUCAUUUAUUUAGCCCAUGCAUCAGAUGUCCUUGAGAACGCUUUUGCCCCUCUUCUGGAUGAGCAGUAUGACCUAGCCACAAAGAGGGUGCGGCAGCUCCUGGAUUUAGACCCUGAAGUUGAAUGUAUGAAGGCCAACACAAACGAGGUUCUGUGGGCUGUAGUUGCAGCCUUCACAAAAUAACUGAAAUCGGACUGCGCAAGUGUUCUCUCUCCCUCUUUCAUGUCUAUCUGUUUCUUUUCUAUUGACAGUUUCUCGUUCUCUGUCAUUUGUACCUCUCCUCCUCAUAAAAUGAAAAUCAACUCUUGUUUCAUGGGAAUGCUAGAUGGUGUGUUCUGGUGGCGGGGCGGUUUCUUUUUCUUUUUUUGGUAGGAGUGUCUCAGCUACAGGAUUCUGCUGGUACAAGAGAGCUUCCUGUUCUUAAACACAUUUGACUGCCAUAUUGGCAUUCUGUUUUGUAUUGGACUUAAGUUCCUUUAUCUGGGGCCUGUUCUUAAGACCUGGAUGGUUGUCGCUAAGGUUAACUGAUUGCUGAGCUGGAAAUUUUAUUAAAUUUCCAUGAGAGCAAACCGAGCUUGUCCAUUGUAAUUAGUCCUUCGAUUACAAUAGCCCGAGUUUUAAAAACAGACCCCUGGAUUUGUAUUGUCCACACUUUCUUCCAUUGGAAUGGUUUGAUGUGGGAAAGCACAUCCCAAGAGAGAAACAAGCACCCAGUUCCCAGUUGAUUUGGGUGUGGUAAUGUGCCUUGGCACUGUGCUACAGAGCAUCCAGAAUUGUAAAGGCACCUUGAAAUCACCAUAGCUAGUUAUCUAGGAGUAUUUUAGAGUGCAGUUUGACAGUAUUAAAUCAGUGGGCCUUGUGUGCAGCUUUGCACAGAAUAUUGAAUGCGGUUUGACAUAACACACCAGUAUGUAGUAGAUUGUGCCUGUUUUUCCUAGAGAUGCAUUUUGAAGUGCUUAAAAGGUUUAAAAACAGGAAUAUUCACAGAUCAGCGCAGCAAAUGUUUCAGCCAUCCCAUCUAUUCUGCUGUUCUUGUAGAUCUGUGUUGGCUUUUUUAAAAAAUUCACUUUGAAUCCUAAGACAAGCAUAGAAUGGUCCAGUUGUUUCACAAGGCUGUUUUGGGAUGGGAUACAUUCCAGUGUAGUCUGUAUAUAGUAAGAAUUGUAUAUUAACACACACAUCUUAGUAGUUUAAUUAAAUUUCCAAAUUUGAAUUAGUUGUGCAUCUGACUCUCCAUUACUUGUUUCUAGCCAUUGCCUCUUGUUGGAAAAACAGGCCUCCUGCAGAGUGUGUGUGUGUGUGUGCGUGCGUGUGUGUGUGUGUGUGUGUGUGUGUGCGUGCGCGCUUGAUCUGUUUCUAGUGUCUCUGGAGUUUGUACCAUCUAGGUACAAUCUGCCUAUGCAUUGCCUUUAUAGCAUUUGUUGUAUGAUGAGACCACUUAUCAUUGUUUCUAUUUUUUUCUCUUCCAAGAGGCUUGUGACCAGUACAAUUCUUGGGUGCAAUUUUCAAUUUUUAUUUGUACACAAGUUAAAGUGUCUCAUGUCAUUAAUCUACUUAACACUUCAAAACAAAAAUCAGUUGUCAAUCUUAGCAGGUGUUGCAUGUACAUUGUUAGCAGGUGAUGACUACAGUUCAACCAAUUAAGACUUCUGUAGUGGGAAGCUCUACUAUGUUUUAAUUUUUAUAUACAAUUAUGCUGAUUAGCACAUUAUUGUAAAAUAUAUUAACUGGCUUUUUAAAGUUUAUUACCUCUUUACCGUUGCUUGUUCUAGCUCCAUUCACAAUGUAAAUAUUAUGCAUUGAACAAAUUAAAGACUGAUUUCCCCCCCCUUUUAUUUCAAUUAACAGAACACACUAAUAGUGGAGCAGGUGUUUAGAAACUUUGGGUUAAUAUUGAAAGCAAAAAAUACUAGGUGGCAUAUAACUGUAGUUGAAACUUAAAGGGAUCCCCAAAUCUGUAUACUAGCUUUUUACCUACAGUAAAUAAACUAUGAUCUUGAAAGUG